AUGUUGAAAUCCCAUUUUAAUUUGGUUGGGACUGACAGUGAAUCAGAGGAGGAAGUAUUUGAGGCGGAGGUAGUAGAGGAGUCGGUGAAAGAAGAGCUCCCUCCGAGACUACUCCAGAGGUCUGAGGUUUGCACCCGACUGAGUAUGCUGGGCAAGACUGCCUCCGGCGACGGGUAUACAUUUUUAAAAUGCAAACUAGUAGGAAUGAGGAUGACAAGUAUCGACGCUAUAAGGUGUUACAAACACAUAAUGUUCCUGGAUGUUUCCAAUAACUACCUAGACUUACAUGCGCUUCAAGUUAUCACACAGCUACCGAACUUAAUACUUAUACACGCUGACGACAACAGACUCACCUCCGCAGGACUGAAGCAAAUGAGAUACUUGCAAGUCAUCAUUUUUAACAACAACCAAAUCACAUCUUUGGAAGACGUGUUCCAGGAACAAUUGAGCACGUUGGAGCUUGGAUUCAAUAAACUAACAAAAAUAGAUUUCAAGCCCAAAAUGCCAACUAUGAGAGUUUUAGAUUUACGAAAUAAUUUAAUAACGGAGAUCCCACCUUUAGAAUUUCCUAGAUUGGACAGUUUGUAUCUAGCAGGGAAUAAAAUUAAGACUCUAACUGGUAUAGAGCUUCUAGUCAAUUUGAGAGUAUUACAUGUGCGGAAUAAUCCGAUUAGGUACCUGGACGGUUUUAAUGAGAAUCAGACGAAGCUUCAAUACAUCAAUUUGAGGAACUGUCGUGUCACUACACUGAGACAAGUGAAGAAGAUGAAGGUUCUUAAAGCACUUGACACCAUCGUUUUGAAGGGAUGUCCUUAUAUGGGAGGAGCGGGUGAAGAGGAUCCAGAGAAUAAAGAGGAGGAGGAGGACGAUCCUCAAAUCAGAGUCGAGUUGGUGGCGACAAUGCCGCGACUGAAGAGAAUCAAUAAGACCGCUGUUACGUCCGAGGAAAGAGAAGAGAGUAAAGAGCUGCUGAUGCAGUGGGCGGAAGAAGGUGAAAAGGACGAGGAAGAGAUUGAGAACGAACAGCAACAAGGAGAGGAAGAAAUCUCUAAUGCUGAGGAUUAA